UUAUGUCUGGGCGCGGGAAGCAGGGCGGCAAGGCACGUGCGAAGGCUAGGUCUCGCUCAUCUAGAGCAGGCUUACAGUUCCCGGUAGGUAGAAUCCAUCGUCUGCUUCGUAGAGGUAACUACGCGGAGCAUAUAGGGGCUGGUGCGCCGGUGUACCUGGCCGCGGUGCUAGAGUACCUGACUGCGGAGAUUCUGGAGCUGGCGGGCAAUGCAUCCCGCGACAACAAGAAGACGCGUAUCAUUCCGCGACAUCUGCAGUUGGCCAUCCGUAAUGAUGAGGAGCUUAACCAGCUCUUGGGUGGUGUGACCAUCGCUCAGGGUGGUGUCCUGCCCAACAUUCAGGCCGUGCUGCUGCCCAAGAAGACCGAGAGUCACCACCACAAAGUGCACAGCAAGUAGUCUAAGUGGAGAAUCCUGAUGAGCAACCUGAGCGUCUGGCGAAGAAACAGCAGCCAAAGGCUCUUUUCAGAGCCACUUAAGCUAUCAUUGAGGGCUGUGCCUAAGCU